AUGGAGAGCGGCGGACACUGGAGCGUGUCGCUCUGGCGAUGGAGCUUAUGCAUGACCAUGGCAUCGCUGUCGCUGUGGAAGAUUGUGGAGCUUGCAGCGAGCGGCAAUGCAUCUCGUGGCGGCAAAAAGUCCAAGAAACAGAAGUACCUGGCCGGAUUUUCGGGCUUGGUGGGCAACACACCGCUUAUAGAGCUUACCAGUCUGUCCAAGGCCACGGGAUGCAAGAUUCUGGCGAAAGCGGAGCUCUUGAAUCCAGGUGGGAGCUCUAAGGAUCGAGUAGCAAAGGGAAUCGUGGAAGAUGCUGAGCGUCGAGGUCUUCUCAAAGAAGGAGGGACUAUUAUUGAGGGCACCUCUGGCAGUACGGGUAUCAGUCUGUCACUAAUGGCUCGAGCCCGGGGAUACCGCUGCGUUAUUGUGAUGCCCGACGAUCAAGCAAAGGAAAAGAGUCAAUUGCUGGAGCAGUUUGGUGCUGAAGUCGUGUUGGUAAAGCCGGCGUCGAUCGUGAACGCUAAGCACUAUGUGAAUGAGGCCAAGCGUCUGGCACGUAACACUGAAGGAGGAUACUUCACCGAUCAAUUUGAAAACACGGCCAAUUUUGACAGUCACUAUGCCACGACUGGCCCUGAGAUUUGGCGCCAGACUAAUGGAAGUGUGGACGCUUUCGUGAUGGCUGCAGGCACCGGAGGCACCAUCGCUGGAACGUCGGCGUACUUGAAGGAGCAGAACCCAAACGUCCAGGUGUUUCUUGCUGACCCACCAGGAUCCAGUCUGUACAACAAGGUUCGAAGCAACGUGUGCUACGCUCCCCAGCAGGCUGAGACCAAGGUGCGGCGACAUAGAUACGAUACCAUCGCAGAGGGUGUGGGCAUCGACCGCUUGACGGAGAACUUCAUGCUGGCUAAGGUCGACGACGCCUUCAAGGUGACCGAUCAAGAGAUCGUCGAAAUGUCCCGUUUCCUGCUACGUGAGGAAGGCAUCUUCGUGGGUAGUUCAAGUGGACUCAACUGUGCUGCUGCCGUUCGUGCCGCGCGGAAGCUCGGUCCUGGCCACACCAUUGUGACGGUCCUGUGCGACUCGGGACAGCGCCACCUCACCAAGUUCUGGAACGAGCAGCAUAUCCGUGAGGACUGGCAGCUUGAGCCCACGGCUACGCACCUCGAGUUCCUUGACGGCUCCAUAGGGCAGCCGUAG